AUGUUAACAAUUCCUAAUGUUGGUUUUUCGUUAGACCGUGUUAAUAUUGAAUUUUCUAAUAGAGAUCUUGAUACUACAAUUAAACUUAUUAAAGAAUUUCAAGAAAGUGUUCAAAGUAUUUUAAUUGCUCCUGAAGAAGAAAAUAAUUUAAAUAAAUUAAAAUUAAGUCAAGAAGGAUUAGAAUUAAAAGAUAAAAAAAUUAAAACAUCAUUGAAACAAAAUGAAAGAUUUAUUUUUCCAAAUUUAAUAAUUAGUUUUAAUAUCAGUAAAUUAGAAUUUGUUUUAUCAAGUGAAUUUAUUUCUCAAGAAGGGAAAAUUAUUGAAAGUUGUAGAUCAUUAAUAUUAAAUACUGAAUCAUUUUCUAUUGAAUUAAAUGAAAAAGAAUUAUUUUUUAAUAUAACUCAAACAGAAAUUAAAUACACUAAUAUUUCAAAGAAAAAAUGGACAGUUGAGCCAUUGGUUGAACCAUUUAAUAUAACUGGAAAUUGUUUAAUACCACAUUUUAAAAUUAACAUUAGUCCAAAUAAUUUUUUAAUUUUAAAUAUCACACCAGAAUUUAUAUUAACUUUAAAUCAAUUAUUUGAACAUUGGUUAAAAACUAUUGACACAGAAUAUUAUAAAAAUAAAGGAAUAUCAAAAAUUAUUAAUAGAGUUGGUGAACAACUAAUUCUUAAAACUGAAAAUGAAUCUUUCAUUAUUGAAAAAGAUAAGUCAUUAGAAAUUCCUCUUAUUAAUGAAAGAAAUUUAACUAUUUUAAUUGGAACAUUUGAUCCAAUUAGUAUUUUUACUUCAUUAAAAAUAGAAAUAAUAAAUACAUUUAUAAUUUAA